CCACAUUGUAACCAUUGUCUUUUUUAAAGCCCAUUGAGGGAUGUGAGUCCCACCCUUUUAGGUAUCUGGGGUGCUGGGAGAAGAGAAGAGGUGCCUGUCUCCAUUUUAUGGCCUCAACAAACUACGUGCUGUGCCCCAGUUCUCGUUAGAGAUCCCUGAAAAAGAACGUCUUCCCAUCCAUUAACAUACCUGGAAAGAUACUGGAACUCCUUAUUAAACAAUCAGUUUGUCAGCACCUACAGGACAAUUUGGUUCUUAGGACUAGUGAGCAUGGACUUGUCAAGAACAAAUCAUUCCAAACAAAUCCUAGCUCCUUCUUUGGCAGGGUUACGGGCCUAGUGGAGGUGGGUAAACAGUAGAUGUGAUCCAUCUUGGUGUUAAUAAGGACAUUCUCACAAACAAACUAGGGAGAUGUGGUCUAGAUGCAAUUAGUAUAAUAUGUGUGCACAGAUGGUUGAAAGCCCGUACUCCAACAGCCCAGAACCAAACACUCCUCCUCCUGGGCAGUGUGCUCUGACCUCUAAUGGUCAGAUGCUGCUUAGCACUGUCAGAGCAGCUUUUGCUGGGGGAUUCUCCCAGCACUUUCCAAUAGUGGGAAAGUAUGAAAUCCCCAUUUGACUGCUGGGGACAGAGCCUAGAGCGGGGAGCAACUUGCCCAAAGUCCCACAGGUCAAUAGGAAACCAGCAAUGUCCAGUGUGGCCCGAAUCUCACACGCUCCUUUGUCUCCUUUGGGUCUCACAGGAGCUCAUUGAGGAGCUGCCUGAUAACUCUCCACCCGGCGCCUUCCUCGCUAACUCCCUGAUUGCUGUGGGCAACCUCAGCACCAUGACACCUGCUGUGGAGCCAGAGCUGGAGACCCACCUCCUUCGAGCUGCCCUGCACGCCGUCUUCACCCUGGCCAUGGAGAAGGACACCGCCCAAGUGCAGGAUCUGCCUAGGGUCUUGCCAGACCUGCUGGACGCCAUGCUGGGGAACCUGCUGGCAGACUCCCCAGACACCGAAAGGCUCCAGUACAUCUUGGAGCACAUUAACUACUGGAUCGUGUCCAGGGUGCCGCGAGAGAGAGCCAGGGCCGUUAAGAGCAGCACGGCCCUGCUCAGAUUCACCAUCACCCUCCCUGAGUUUGACAACUCAGCGGAAUUCCCCAGGAUGGGUCACCACAUGGCACAGCUGGCUCUGUCCGUCAGUGACCCAGCCAAGGACAUCAGCCGGCAGGCCAGGGAUGGGGUUUACCGGCUCUACCAGCUGCUGCUGCACCAGAGGGAUAAGGAACCCAGCUGGGAAAUGGCACCCGCUAGAAGAGUGAGACUGGGACCCCAGCCAAUUUCUCUCAGACUGACCCCGGCUGGAGGAUGAGUCUCUCUAUCUCUUUCUGUGUUCCACACCACGCCCUGCAAUUCUGUUGGGCCAGGCACGCAGCGAGGACUCUGCCCACUGUGCAGCCACCAAUGGGAUUGGAAGGACACAAGCCCUGCAACCAGAAGGACAAAUGUGUGUGUCUCUCUCUCCCUGUCACCUACUCCCUCCUGGGGGAAACCCAGCAGCUGAUGGGGGAAAAGUUGAGCAGCUGCAUUAGACUCAGGAGAUUGGGGCGGGGCUCAGGCCUCAUUCCCAUCCUGUGGCCAUUCGCUGGCCUGGCACAAGGAGCCUGGUGGGGAAUGAAAGGGAGAGCAGGUGCUCCUGGGAAGGGAGAUGAAUUCACCUCCAUGAGCAGGAGCGAGCCAGCUUGUCUCCGGAGCAGCUCCACCCAGCUCUUUAGCCAGGUUAAUUAAUGACAAGCUUUGCCUCAUCCCAGACUUAUGUUCUUAGGACAGGGUGCUAUCGCUCUUGGGAAGGGCAGGAGAGUCCCCCAAGUGCCCUCUGCGAGAUUCUCCUGUCCCACAGGGCCGCACCCAAUUCCUAGUGGUCUGGUGUCUGUGUCACCCGAGCCACCAUCCAGAGUUGCUCCCAUCACUGGCAGCCUGGGAGGCCAAGGACUGACGGGUGAUGGCGUCUGACCAGGCAAGGCUGAGGCACAUGGGCAGGGGACGCUUGUCCUGCUGCUGGCAAGGCUGGACCCCUUCUGGAGAGAACAGGAGGAUUCAGUCAGCAGUAGGGUUACCAUGUCUAAUAAAUAAAAAAAGAGGACCCUCCAUGGGCCCUGGCCCCGCCCCUUUCCCCA